CAAUAUCCGGAGGACUGAGAGAAGGCAUGGCCUUGUACUUACAGGGAGUUGUUCCCACUAAUGCUGAUCGAUUUGAAAUCAAUUUCAAGACUGGGCAGUCCAGCAAUGAUGACAUUGCUUUCCACUUCAACCCUCGAAUGGACCAGAAGGUGGCCAUGAACAGUCUAAUAAAAGGAAGUUUGGGAACUGAGGAAAUUGUCUCUGACAACCCCUUUAAAAAGGGAGAAGCAUUUGAGAUGUUUACUGUUAUGAAAUCUGAAGGAUAUCAGGUUUAUGUGAAUGGUAAGGAGCUGUACACAUUCAAGCACCGUAUACCACUGGAAAAGUGUCGACAUUAAAUUUCAGUGGUGAUGUUGCUGUGAAACUUUCUGGCUUCAUACAAAACUGGAGAGCAUCUGUAUUUCCUACAAAAGUUAGAACAAAAAUCACUACUCUGGGGAGCUCACAUGGGGAUCAUUCCACCGUACA